AAUAAUCUAUGCUUCGCGUCAUAAUGACCUCCCUGGGAAUCAUAAAGUAGUUAUUUUAUUAUCCAACCCGAUCGUGAACUAAAGCCGUGACGUCAUCGCAUACGAUGGUUGAAGAGACGGUUGAUAUCUGUAUAUGAAACUAAACAUUUAAUUGGCUUUUGCUGCCUCCCCAUUUUGGUAGAGGUUAUUUUAGUUGUAUGUUAUUAUAUUAGUGUCAUUAAAGUUAAACAUUGUUCUGACCGCUACACCAGAGGAAGGUUGAUCCGAGGUUGGGUGAUCCGUGAGAACUGGUUUCCAUUCCGCAUUAGAGGAGAGAGAAGAGAGGACUCCAAACCAUACGGUACCCCCUGUAAGGCCCGAGCUGCUCCGGAGGACUGACUGGUCUGUGAGGCUCCUGUCCCGACACGCCGGGUGGAUAAACCGGGACGUUCCCCCUGGUUUAACGAGACACCAGCGCCCACCUGUGGGCCGACCAGGGUCCUGCAGCCCAGCGUUUCGAUCGUUUACGAGAUGAAGCUGAAUUCCAGAUCAAGGUUCUGCUUCUUACCUGGACUCUAAUCUACAGGAACCACGGUUUAGACCGAACUCUGGUUUACACUAAACUCCGGCUUAGACCAAGAGCAGUUUCCUCUUCCAUGUUUUUGUCAGAAAGCGGGAUUGUGAUUCCCUGUGACGUCAGGUGUGACAGGUGUGGCUCCCCCGCUUCAGGUACACGGAGACCAGGUAGGAGAAAAGCCAGGAAGGAGAAAGAGAGACUGAGUGUGUGUUUGUGUUUUUCCACCGGGACCCAGACUCUAAACAUUGUCCUCCCGAGCGCCGGCUGUUUGUUUGGUUGGAGGAAGGAAGUUAGUCGCAGGAAAGCCAUGAAGAGCCUGUAAUUAUCGGAAGGCGAACCCUCCCCCUCAGACUUCUCAGGCGGGCAGCGAGAGUCCAGUUCCCGGGCCAGGACGGACACAGACCGGAGGAACAGGUCCCGGUACAGGACGGACAGACACCUAUAGAAAGGUCGCGAGGAGGUCUAAACCGGAUCUUAACCUACAGACGCCCGGUCGUGUGGAGGUCCAGACCAGUCCAAUCCGAGUGGAACGUGAGAAUCCCGGGUCUCUGCUCAAACACAUCCCAACAGCGAUGGCGAGCGUGGACGUGGAGGAGAUGUCUCCGUUCCCGCUGGAGCCCGACGGGACGCCGUGGCGCGACCAGCGGGAGCAGCGGGAACGCCGGCCCACCGGCUGCUGCGACCGCUUCCAGAGGAGCGUCUCCAAGUGGAUGCUCCCGCCCGACUCCCGGGAGACCUACCUCCAGCGCACCAACUGCUGCCCGCCGCCCAUCUUCAUCAUCCUCAUCAGCGUGGCCGAGCUGGCGGUCUUCAUCUACUACGCGGUGUGGAAGCCCCAGAAGCAGUGGGUGACUCUGGACGAGGGCAUCUGGGAGAGCCCCCUGACGUACCGCGCAGACCGCCGCUGGGAGGCCUGGAGGUUCGGCUCCUACAUGUUCGUCCACGCAGGGGUGGAGCACAUCCUGGGGAACCUGGUGAUGCAGCUGCUGCUGGGCAUCCCCCUGGAGCUGGUGCACAAGGGCUUCGAGGUGGGCAUGGUGUACCUGGCCGGGGUCCUGGCAGGUUCUCUAGCCAGCUCUAUCUUUGACCCCCACAGUGCCCUAGUGGGGGCGUCUGGGGGGGUCUACGCUCUGCUUGGGGGUUUCUUCAUGAACGCCGUCGUGAACUUCCGUGAGAUGAUUCCUCUGCUGGGCGUGUUCCGCAUCCUGGUGAUCGUCGCCAUCGUGGGCACCGACGUGGCCUUCGCCAUCUACAGACGAUUCCUGAAUGACGACGUUGGGAUGAAGGUGUCGUUCGUGGCCCACAUCGCGGGCGCGGUGGCGGGGAUGAGCGUAGGCUACGUGUUCUUCAGCGCCUUCAACCAGAAGCUGCUGCGGGACCCACGCUUCUGGCUCUGCAUCGCCGGCUACCUGGUCUUCGUGAUCGCCGCCGUGCUCUUCAACGUCUUCCUGUCCCCGGCGCCGUAGCAACGGCCUGGUCUAAUCGGCAGAGGUUUAAACUAUUAACUCAGGAUUUAUUCCCUUUAAGCAUCAGGAAGACAGGGUCAAUGAGGGUUCUCAGAGGAGUGGCGCCACCUGGUGGUGAACUCCAGCAAUACAUAAACAUGUCGACCACUGAAGAAUGGGACCAGACAACUUUACUACUGUGGUUUUUUACCGUCACCUAUUUUAUAUUUUGCGAUGACUAGCAGGUUUUUUUUUUUAUAGUUUGUGCGUUUUGUUUAAACCGUUUAAUUAAAAGGUGUUAACCGUCACUGGUUUCUAUUCAUCUGAUUUGUUGUCAACCACUACCUUCCAAAUUAAAUUAAAUGCUUUUUUAUUAA